AUGGCGCCAAAGUUUGCUGGAUAACAGCGAACACGAGCCACAACGUUGUUUUAUACCAGCUGGAAAGGGUCACGAUGACAAACUGUACGCCACUUGGAACAAAUGCGUGCUGGACGACAGCAGCUACUCCAUUUGUCGUGUGGCGCAACGCAUGGGAACUGAAACUUGCUGCUUUAUUGACAAUGUGGUCACCUCGGAGAAUUUCGCGGCCCGAAAGCAACGCCUGAUUCGAUUGGAACCAUUACUUUUAGCCUCUGGCGUGGAAAAAGUCAGCUGCACUGUGAGCAUUACCGAGCAACUGCUCCAGCGUCCAGAACUCUCUUUGGCGGAGCUGCUUGAGGAUGUGCGCGUAUUUUUGCGCUAUCUAAAGUUAGUCAAGGGCUGCUCGGUGCAGCACAGACGUCUCCAGGAGCUGGGCAUUGCAGCAAUUGCAAUAAGUGAUGUGUGCGGAUUAGAUUUAAAGGAGAACAGUUGUUUUGAGGUGUUGCCGGAAACGGCGCUGGAAAUUGCGGAUGUGCGUCUGGCAAUGCCAACAGCGUUGCCCAACCCAAAGCGUUUUCUACACCAAGGCUUUGAGGAGCCUCUGGAGGCACUGCAGCAGCUGCUGGAGUGCGCUAAGCUUGCACAGUUUAAAGGACUACCCUUAAAUGCGCUCGUAGUGGGCGCAGUGGGUUCGGGCAAAAGUUGCCUCCUCGCCGAGUUUCUGCAACGAAACAACUGCAAUUGUUUUUAUGUGACAGCUUCGCAAGUGCUCCGCUCGCAUCCUGGCGAAACGGAGCUCCAGCUGCGACGCAUCUUCCAGGCAGCUGGCAGUUUCAGGGAGCGACUGCAUCCACAGCGACCAAUUGUCAUCCUGCUGGAGGAUCUAGAACUGUUUUGUCCACUAUCCACCACGUCGGAUGCCCAAAAAUCGGGCAACGCUUUGAGAAUUGCCGCGCAGCUUUAUCAGCUGAUUGAUGAGUUGCCGCAACAGGGCAGCGACAUAUUAUGCCUGGCCAGCAGCAGUGCUCCCGGUGCAGUGCAUCCGCAUGCUCGUCGCGCCGGACGUUUUGGGCAUGAGAUAAGCAUUGAGAUGCCCACGGAACAGCAGCGUCGUGAGCUAUUUGCUGGCAUAUGGCAGGAGGAACAAACACCUGAGCUAGCUCCACUCUUGACGCCUGCUCUACUGGAUAACGUGGCGCAACAGACGCAGGGCUAUGUGGUGGCCGAUCUAACACUUCUCCACCGGCAGCUUCAACAACAAAUGCUGUCCCUAAAACCGACUCCAGUUGAAUUCGAGCGUUUGCUAACCAAAUCUCUGUUGCAGUGCCAGCCAAGUGCCUCGCGGAGCACCGAUGUGCGUGUCCUGAAGCUAACCUCUGGCUUUGAGAUCAUUGGUGGCAUGGAGUCGUUGAAGCGUACGCUGCAGGUGUCCGUUUUGGCUGCACUGCAGCACAGCGCGGCACAUGCGAGAUUUGGCCUGAGUCUGCCCAGGGGCAUUCUGCUUUAUGGUCCACCUGGUUGCGCCAAGACGACGAUUGCCAAGUGUCUGGCAAAGGAGGCGCACAUGACCUUUAUAGCCAGCUCAGCGGCGGAGGUUUACUCACCCUAUGUCGGCUGUGCGGAGCGAUUUGUCACACAAAUCUUUAAUACGGCACGCAAGAAUGCGCCCUGUCUCAUAUUUCUGGACGAGAUUGACUCACUGGUCGGGCGACGCACAGUAACAAACGGGGGCGGCGGCGGCAGUGUUCAGCUGCGCAUUCUUUCCACACUGCUCACCGAAAUGGAUGGCAUUGUUAGCGCUGGCAGUGGUCAGCAGCAUAUACUCGUUGUGGCAGCCACCAAUCGUCCGGAUAUGCUGGACGACGCCCUGCUGCGUCCCGGUCGCUUUGACAAGCUCAUUCAUGUGCCAGCUCCGGAUUUGGAGUCACGUCUCGCCCUGCUCCAGCUGCAUGCACGUCGCAUGCCCUUCCAUGCGAACAUUCAGCUGGAAGAGAUUGCUGCACGCACCGAACGCUACUCCGGCGCCGAUCUGUGCAAUCUGUGCAAUGAGGCUGCCAUUGAGGCCUUCCAGCGCAACUUCAAUGCCAGCCACAUUGAGCUGCAGGACUUCAACAUCGUCUUGGCCAGGCAGAAGUCAUCCCUCAGCCAGCAGCAAAUUGACAGCUAUUACAAAUUUGCCGCUAGAUAUUUAUAACGAUCUAAAUUUUAAAUAUUUUUUGUUU